AUGUGCAGGAGCCACAGCUGCAAAGUGUCUCUACAGCACCUGGUACUUUAUACAGAGCUGCCCAUUGAGCUGCCCAUAGAGCUGACCAUAGAGCUGACCAUAGAGCUGCCCAUAGACCUGACCAUAGAGCUGCCCAUUGAGCUGCCCAUAGAGCUGACCAUAGAGCUGACCAUAGAGCUGCCCAUAGACCUGACCAUAGAGCUGCCCAUAGAGCUGCCCAUUGAGCUGCCCAUAGAGCUGCCCAUAGAGCUGACCAUAGAGCUGCCCAUAGAGCUGCCCAUAGAGCUGCCCAUAGAGCUGCCCAUAGAGCUGCCCAUAGACCUGACCAUAGAGCUAUCCAUAGACCUGACCAUAGAGCUGCCCAUAGACCUGACCAUAGAGCUGCCCAUAGAGCUGCCCAUAGAGCGGACCAUAGAGCUGACCAUAGGCCUGACCAUAGAGCUGACCAUAGAGCUGCCCAUAGAGCUGCCCAUAGAGCUGACCAUAGAGCUGCCCAUGGAGCUGCCCAUAGAGCUGCCCAUAGAGCUGACCAUAGAGCUGCCCAUAGAGCUGACCAUAGAGCUGACCAUAGAGCUGCCCAUGGAGCUGCCCAUACAGCUGCCCAUAGAGCUGACCAUAGAGCUGCCCAUAGAGCUGACCAUAGAGCUGACCAUAGAGCUGCCCAUGGAGCUGCCCAUACAGCUGCCCAUAGAGCUGACCAUAGAGCUGCCCAUAGAGCUGCCUUGUCAGAUCCAUACAAAAGCCAGUGCACCUCAAACGAUAAGAAUCACACUUCUCCCCCUUAUUCCAUUUUAA